AUGGCCACUCAUGUCUUGCGCCGACACUGGCUGUCGCUCUCCUGCUUUCUAGGUGUUAUCUGCGCAACUGUCGCAAAGGGAGACCCAUUCGUCAGUGUGGAGGCGGUUGACGUACUUCCUGGUGGCCUCCCCAAGACAGGGUACUGGCACAAAGAGUACAAUGAUAGAUGCGGCGCAGACCUGUUCGAAGCGCAUGGUGCGAAUGCUGGGAUGUCCUUCACCUUUAUUGGAUCUGGUUUUGUCGCUCGCCUUCUCUCCUGCGAGACGUGCUCUCCAGUUGAGAUCCACAUCGAUGACUCCAAGGAACCUAUCACUGUCGACCUCUCCGAGCGUGGCUUCAGAUGCCCUACAGGCAGCCCUGUGUUCACCAAGACGGACCUCGUACACGGUAUGCACACUAUACGAAUUCAGCGCCUAGAGGAAGGAAAGCCAAUGAAAGUCAUGAAGUUUGAGUACCUGACUCAUGCACCACCUACUCCGAGCUCCGGGGAAAGCGACGAAUCUUCAUCUCCGCCUCCUUUACCUGAGUCUCCUCAAAUAGCAUUCUCCGCCGCUGCCGACACCGCUGGGAAAGCUGCGUCAUCGAUCGCUACUUCGGCCAUGAAAUCGGCAGCAAGAGUCGUAGCCAAACAAGCAGCGGGGAUAGCGAUGAGCUACGCCGUGAUGACUGGUGCCAAACUCGUAGCCAAAGCGGCGAUGGGGUAUGUCGCUGGGGAAACGAUGGGGGAUAUUGUUGCGGAUGGGCUGACAGGUGCGAUGAGUGACGGGGGUGAAGGCUUCAGUGUUGCAGGCGACGGGGGCGGAUGGUUUGAUACUGCAGGAGUCGAUGGGAGCGUGGACACGGGUGGCCUUGUUGACGGAGAUAUGCCUGUGGAUGGGGGCGAUGUUUCUGAUGCGCUGGUCGAUAUACUCAGUGGGAUUGCAGCCACAUUGUUCUAG